AUGCUCGAUUACGUGAAGAAGUACAUAUACUUCGAACUGCUGCUAAUUUUGCGGGUGGUGAACUACUACGUUCCGUUAGACAGGUGCUUGAAUAUCGCAGUAAUAUCUUAUCUGACCUUUUUGGGGCUCAUUUAUUUGGCCUUUAAGUUUAGGUACCGUGGGGGUAACGGGUCGAGUAGCGUCACUUGGGCCUUUGGCGGAAAGCACGUAUGUAUAGUGGGUGGGUCCGAAGGCUUGGGUCUCUCACUGGCCAAGCGAAUCGUUCGAGAAAAGCCGCACACCCUAACUAUCAUGUCGAGGAACACCACCAAGCUUCGCACAGCUAAGGGAAUUUUACUGCAAGAACUUAAUAUACAAAAGUCCCACAAGGAUCCCCUCCAAAUAAACAUAGUUAAAUGCGACAUCGGCAUGAAGGAAUCCAUCAAUGAGGCUUUCCAAAAUAUCCGAAUGAAUAAUAGUAUAGAUAAAGAAAAGGAUCAAUGGGGAAACCAAUUGAUGGGAAGUACCCAAAUGAAUUACCCGCUCCACUCUCAUGAAGAGAAGGAUGAAACUUUAAAUGAUGUUGAUGUCCUUAUCUGCAACGCUGCCUAUGUUUGUACAGAAGAAAAUAGUAAACUUCAAAUGUACGAUUUGCUAUACACAGUAAAUACAAAUAUUUACGGGAAUAUUGAUAUCAUCUCGAGGGUGAUUACAAAAAUGAAGCAGAAUAGAAAAGGAAUCAUUUUGUUUAUUAAUUCUGAAGGAGCACUUUAUCCUGUUUAUGGUUAUUCAUAUUAUUUAAUGAGCAAAACGUCCUUGUGGACAUACACAUAUAUUUUGGAUCAGGAGUUGAAACACUAUAAUAUACAUUUUUCGAAUGCGUUUCUCCCAUCCAUUAAAACUCCUGGGUAUGCACAGGAGAAUUUAAAAAAACCUUUUGUCACGAAACGGAUUGAAGACUUAACCACCACUGUGGAUUCAGAUUAUGCGGCUGAUAAAGUAGUUCGUAAAAUUAAACAGGGGAAAAAAUUCAUAACGCUAGAUUUUAACGGAUUCAUGUUGUCUGUUUUGCACAGCGGUUAUAGGAACCCGGAGUCUUAUUUUGAUUACUUAUUUUGCGUAUCAUUCUGUGGCGUCUUUGUUUUUGUUUCUUCCCUGUACAAACUGUACAUCGAGCACAUAAUCCGAAGGAACGCCUUCCACCACCCGGAGGCAAUACGCACUGGGGGGUACCACUCCCGGGUCUUUUCCCCUUCAAUUUGA